AUGAUUUUACCGGAUACCAUCAUCUCGGACGAUAAUGAUCAUCACUUUUUCUACCAAUGUUUUGAAACAAAUUAUUAUGUUACCUGUAAAUUAUAUCCAUCUUCUUUAAUCAUAAGUAUAUUGAACAAGGAGUUGUAUGGAAUUAAUAUUGAUUUAAAUAAUUUAAAAGAUUUCAUAGGCAACAAGUCGUCAAUUUCUCUAACUCAAAAGUUAUAUCUUGAAAAUAAUCUGAGGAACAUCCUUCCUUUACAUCUUUCAAAACAUCCGAUCCCUGAUGAUGAAUUGAGAUUAAAUUCUGAUGGAAAUGUGAAUCAAAUUUUUGAUGAAUAUGAGGACGUUUCUGAAGAUGAUGAUCCUUUGAGUCCACAACAACAAAUUGAUUUCGAUUUCGAUCACAUUCAACAAUAUUAUAAUAGAAUGAUGACACAAGAUGUUAAUCUAAAUUGUAAUGACGAUG